CAUUUAAGGUGCACCAGUGCCUUUUUAUUAAGCCCAACCACAGCAAAGACAUCGGAAACAUCAUCAAAGUAUCAUUUGAUUUCUACGACUACAUACCAAUUACCUUAGCUUAUCUCAAACCUCCCAAAAUGGCAGAAGCAUCGAUAUUACGCUUUCCCAUCUCGGGCAAAGAAAGUGACAAGUACUUCCUCCUAGCGGUGUCCUCCAAUGGAUCGCGGGUGCUAGAUCUCAAAUUGGUUGGGUCAGAAAGCACAGCUGUGUUCACAAUGAAACUACGCCAUAAAAGGGUCGGCGACUACAAAGCGUCUAGUGGCCCUUGCUCCCAUGAAGAGUGGGAAGAGAUCCUAGUUUCAACGUUGGUCAAUCAGCAGCCGGUACCCGACAUCGAGAUCAGAGCUGAUGUUGAUUCGGAUGGCACCUCGGUCUCUAUAUCUUUUCGAAAGAAUAUCCAGGGUAUUACGCAACGCCUUGGAUCUAUUAAGCUAGAAGAAGAUGAGAAGACCGAGAUUUCCCCUUUCGAUUGGUGUAUUUCAGCCCUUGGAGCCCGAGAGAAAGUCGGAGAGGAUCUGGCCGCUGCUAACCUCAAGAUCAAGUCCCUCGAGGAUUCCCUUGCCGAGCUUAAAGAUCAAUUGGAUGAACUUAUCAAGGCAAAGGAUGAGGAUGAGACGCAGCUGCUUGAGAAGUUCCGAGACCUCAUAAAUGAGAAGAAAGUUAAGAUCCGGCAGCAACAGCGUCUACUAGCAUCUGCGAGUAUUGAUCCCGAAAAGCUCGCAAAUGUCAAUGGUUUCCAGAUCACACGGAAGCACGUACCCGAAUCAUCCCGUGCUUCCAAGCGAAAAGCGAAAGAGGAAGAGGAAAGCAGCGAUGACGGAUUCGAGAAGAUGGAUGUCGAAGAGGGUGAUAAUGAGAAUGCACAAGCAGACGUUGAGGAGGACCAUGGAGAUACUACAGCAGGCGAGACGGCAAGUGGAGCAGACACAGACGAAGAGCCAGUACCCCCACCAGUCAAAUCCCAGAGGAAGGGGGCUACUAAAUCGACACGCAACACUCGUGCAUCAACAUCGGAAGAAAACUCUCAAUCUGAGGCUUCACAGGAGGAGAGUAAGCCACUUCCCCCACCGCGAAGUUUACCGUUUAUGAAAAACAAGAAGCCUGUAGCUCCAGCACAGAAACCGGCUGACGACCAAGAAACGGAAUCUGACGAUGAAUUGUGACCGUACGACAAUUAGGAUAAUGAGACCACGCAUUCACGAGCGAUUUUAAUGGUUUUUUUAAGGACCUCUAUUGUGUACAUCUCGUUACUUCUAUGCUGCCCAAUGGUAACACGGAAUAGACAGAACAGUGCAUUUGUAGAGUUGGAUA